CCCCUGUUUAUCUCCUCAAACAGCUCACGUUCCCUCUCGCUCUCUGGAUAAUGGCAAUUGGGCCUCCUCUUGUCUUCUCCAUCCCCAUUUCUUUUUUUUAUUAUUAUUAUAAUCACAAUCCCAACCGCUUUUAUCUUAUUUAAUUCUAUUGUUUCUGACUUCCUAAUUCCCGUCCCUCUGUAUAUAUACCCAAGAUUACUUCGCGGUUUUCUUCACCGGAGACUUCUUGUAUAUCCACAUACCUACAAGUAAUCGAUGAAUUCCGCGCCCCCGUUUUCGCACGAUUCUCCGUUGGAUCAAGAACUUCUCAUCCAGAAGAUCGACGUCUUCAAGAUCCAAGGCAGGGACAAGCAAGGCCGCAGCAUCCUCCGGAUCAUCGGAAAGUUCUUCCCCGCUCGGGUUGUGAGUGCCGACACUGUGAAGAAGUAUCUGGAAGAGAAUAUCUUUCCUAAAUUGGAGAAGAAGCCGUUUGCGGUGCUCUACGUGCACACGGAUGUCGAGCGGAGCGAGAAUUUUCCAGGAAUCUCUGCCCUUCGGUCGAUCUACGACGCGAUUCCGAUCAGCGUCAGGGUCAAUCUGGAGGCCGUGUACUUUCUCCACCCCGGCCUGCAGUCCAGGCUCUUCCUCGCUACCUUCGGCCGCUUCAUGUUCGGCGGAGGAUUGUACGGGAAACUGAGGUACGUGAGCAGGCUGGACUACCUGUGGGAGCACGUCCGGAGGAACGAGAUCGAGAUCCCUGAUUUUGUGUACGAUCACGACGAGGAUCUGGAGCACCGGCCAAUGAUGGACUACGGCCUGGAGAGCGAUCACCCGAGGGUGUACGGAGCGCCGGCGGUGGAUUCCCCGGUGCCGAUGUAUUCCAUGAGAUGCAUCUCCUAGAGACGAACUUACUUGCAACAGACGCAGGCGAGGCGACGGUUUUGUUGAAAGUUGUUAAUAUAGGGUUUUGGUGGAAUUGUACAGUUGAAAGUUCUCUCAUUCUACAACUUGCUGCUUUAGAUGUUUCGUGUUAAUUGUUCUUCGCUGGCCGUGUAAGUGUAAUUGGAUGAAUCUUGAAUCUUGAUAAGCGUGUUAUUGACUAAGCACCAGACAGAUGGAUUCUCUUCAGCUC